GGAUAAAAAUAUGUUUGUGGAUAACGAUGUUUAGAACGAAACAAAUAAAAGAGGCUCUACAAUUUGAUACGGUACUAUAAAUAGCAAUCAAAGCUGGCGUUGAUUGCAGAGCGUCGUUUUGACCGAUUGUGUCCCAAUCGAAGGAUGUGUAACGGAGUAGUAUACGGGGGGUGGACGUGAAGGUGGUCAAAAUUCGCCCCCUUUCAUAGAGAUCGAUAAAAACAACAACCAAACAAGGCCUUCUGCGCAGGUCCAACGCCAGAAACGAACACGCAAUACUUGCAACGUAGCAAACAUCAUGAAUUUUACUUGCAACCUAGUGGCACAUAGGCGAGAGCCUUAGCGAAGAGUCCUUUUCCAGAUUUCUGCCAGUCAGUUUGAGAGGAGUUCUCGUGGCGUUUGAAGUGCAAGGUUCAAUCGGUCCGGAAAAUUCGAGUGUUGGGUCCCUCCUUCCAGCCACUAAUGCUUCCACUGUAGUAUAGAGUUUGCUCGAUUCGUGGUCCUUUCUGUUCGUUUAAGAUUUUCCUUCGCCCACACACUCCCAUAACACCCACUGGAUAUAGUGAUUAUGAUAUUGUUCGUUAGUGCAGUAGGAGGAUAUUGUGGCUUAUUGGAAUAAAGGCUUAUCGGUAGAGCAUAUUUUGUGUAGUGAAAAAUCUUUCCCUGUCUAUAACAUGCAAAUAUAGACUGAUUGGAAAGAAACUAAUAUGGAGCAGGCUCGAGUGCACACAAAAGGCAAACAUCGGAGCUCUCGGUCCAGAUCCACUUCUCGGCGGGCUUGUUCCAGUAAUGAGCAGCGUCGGACAGAGCAGGAACAAACUUCCAACAACACAAACGAGGAUGACGAGGUGGUUAAAAAUAGAGCACCCUCCGUAAGCAGCCGUCAUUCACGACACGAGGAAAACGCUGACAGUGGAGGCACGACGGGAAAUGCCAGCUCGAAAACCAACAAUAACAACAAUAACAAUAACGAAGAUGAUGCAAUUGAUAACAACCAAAAUCCACCCGACAAUCCGGUUGAAACGACUUCCCUCGAGACUGUUCCCGGCACUGAUGACAAACUUCAGAAGGGUAUCCUCGGGUACAUGGAUCGGCAGCUGAAGGUACAGUCGCUGUCAGAUCCACAGAAGAGUCCAGCGCAGAGAAGCACCCGGAGCCGAUGUAGCCUGGAGAAGAGCCCACGCAGGAAGCGCAGUAAAUCGGAAUCCCGCCGAAGGAGGGAGCGAAAGAUUAUCGCCGCCGGGGAAAUGGAAGUGCGCCAGGCGAACGAAACAUUGAUGCGUUAUUUGAAGCAGUGUUCCGACUUCAACGAUGCGUCCCUGUCCGGGGAUCUGGAGAUUCCAGAGAAUCUGGAAGAUAGGCGUGUUCAUCGGAAAACCAAAUCACAGCGGGAGCGGAAAUAUCAGCAGCAGAACGCAAAUAAACCCACUGGCGAUGAUUCGGCCCAUUACAAUGGGGAGAUCUACAAUCCGUUUACGCCGGUGGUAUCACCUACUGCGGAGACAGCACCAACUCGGAUCGACAAAAUGUAUAUACAAACGGCUAGCGGAUAUCGACCAGUGGACAAUAUAUAUCAUCAUCAUCACCAUCAUCACUCGCAUUUCCGACAUCUACAAUCCGCAGUGGGCCGUGAUCCUGAAAGCAAUAACUAUUCAAUAAGCACGGGCGUCCAGUUGUCCUGUGCGGUGCAGAGGAUUUGGCUGCACGUCUCUAAUGUCUGCCAUGGAUUGCUGGGUGGACUCGCCUUGGCCCAUCUGCUGCUGAUCUGCACAACCAAGCCAUACGACUGGGUCGAGGCAUCGAUUCGACAUUAUUCGGCCUUCGCGGAAGUAUAUGCCAACACAUUCUACUGCUUGGCAAUCAUCUGUAUGGUUUCAAUAUUCGAUAGGAUGGACAUAGCCCAUUUCAGCUUAUCCAGCACAGCGGAGAACAAUAUCUCAUUUCGAUCGGUGAUAAUCAUCAUGAUCUAUGCAGCAACGAUUAUCCUCAGUCUGUCGGCUGGAUCGAUGGACGAGCGCCUUUAUCUAUCCACAUCCAAUAUUACUGUGUGGGAGGAGGAGAUGGAAACAAACAAAGUUCUCAGUAUCUGGAACACGCUUUCGAUAGCGCGCAGCGUCGGUGCCGUCUUCGGCUGGGUCGUGAUUGGAAUAUCACCCGAGCAGGAUCAACUGUACGAGCAUCUGUACGAGAUGGAGAGAUAUCAAAUUCAAUAAAAUGAUUGAAAGAGUACCGUACAUAAAUGACAUAAUGUAAAGGAAAUCGAAGAUAAUAAGCCUCUAAACUAUGUCGGUGAAACAAUCCCGACCGUGCGUAUCGUUAUUGUCAUUGUGGAUGACACUGUAAAUAAUAAGUAAACAACUAGUUAAUGACAUCGUUGCAAAUCAAACCAAUACAACAUAUGUAUCCAAACCACAUAGCGAGACGCUAUUUGUUACUGUAACAAUAAACCAGAAAUUAAAAACAAAGGAGAACUAAAGGACUACAAUAGAAUACACUAAUCGAAGUAAAAUAAAUUACUGAAACGAAACCAAUGCUACAUGAACCAGUCUAAUCAACAAUAAAUGUUCUGAUCUAAUUUUAGACGCCAACUCAAUUCAUCAUACCAUUUCAGUGAAGAAAAUAAAUAUUAACUAAUUUACGCCAAAAGAAUAUAACGUUUUUCGGAACACUACACAAUCAUUAAAGGAUCUUCGUUGAUUGAUUCUAUCUCACUGCAAUCAAAACAAGUGUAAAUAGGCGCAAAAACAAAAACUGAUUGUAACUUGCAGAACAUAAUUUAUUUAAAUAGGAAAUAUACACAAAAUUAUAGGGCAAAGUCAUAUUGUGAAGUUAAGCAAGCAAAGAACUGAACCAUAAGAAAAUAAAGUAAUAUCGCUAAGUGUAGAAAAUGUACAGAAUGAAGUGAAAGUGAACGAUAAGAUAAUCAAAUGAUGGAAUGGAACAAAUUAAAUGUUAUUGAGAUGUUCAGCUAAAAAGUGAAUGUGAUGAUGCGAAAAUGUAUUGAGCGUAGCCUAUAAGGAUUCCCCUCACAUUUUACAAACUGGAACAUAGUCAUACAGAACAUAUAUGAACGGAACCAUACACACAUCAGAAGCAUGAAAUGAUGGGAAUACAUCCAAUGGUAGGAGAAAAAACAGUUACAGAUAAUCAUUAUUGCAAAAAAAUGUGACAGGUGACAGAAGUUGAUAUUUCUCUAUAUUCUAGCGUUAAGUCGGAAUUAAGGAGAAGUGUAGUGGUAGAAUCACAUAAUAUAAUAUAAAUUUUUGUUGAAAUAUUGCGUUAGAAAAAUAACAAAUAAAUGGAUGCAAACAUUUGAAUUAAUUAU